UGGUGGAUGAGGAGUCGACUGAUAGCGACGAUUACUAUUCGGAGGAUGAUGGUCCUGAGCUAUUCAUUGGUGCGAUCGAAUCCAAGCAGGAGGACGAUCAGUGAAUAACAAUAGACGAGAAAGCCUGCUUCCCCACGACAUUGCAGAUUAUCCUUACCAAAAAGUAGGCAUGGAUUAUAUGGAAUUCAACAAAGAUCUGAACAUAGUGAUAGUGGAUUACUAUUCUCAAUAUCCAGAAAUAACAAAAAUCAGUAGUACCAAGGCCAGUAGCCUCAUAACACAGGUAAAAUCCAUAUUUGCUAGGAAUGGAAUUCCUGAAAUUAUUUUUUCUGAUAAUGGACCUCCAUUUAAUUCUAAGGAAUUUAUCAAAUUUUGUAAUCUAUGGUCAAUAAAAUCUGAAACUUCUAGCCCUCAAUAUGCUCAAUCCAAUGGUUUAGUUGAAAGAACAAUUCAAACACUGAAGAAAAUGUUAAAGAAAUGUGUAGAAUCAAAGCAAGAUCCUUACAUAGCUUUGUUAAAUUUUAGAAAUUCAGCUAAAGGCAAAAUGCCUUCCCCUGCAAAACUGUUAAUGUCGCGUAAUCUAAGAACAAAAAUGUAUGUUGAUAAGUCUAUGCUAAAACCACAAGCAGUCCCAUAUGAGACAUUUCAUAACUUGAAAACUGAACAGGUGGAGCAAAUGAAAAAAUAGCACAAGGGUCAUGGAGAAUUAUCAGAAUUCCAAGCAGAAGACCAGGUAUUCUUUAAAAAAUUAUGGAAAGGUGAUUGGGAACCUGGCAAAAUUGUUAAAAAAUGUCAACAACCCCGAUCUUAUGUAAUAGAAAGUAAAAAUGGAAAGCAAUACAGGAGAAAUCGAUUAUUUAUCAAACCUAGAAAAGACUGUCAGGAUGAAGAUAAUCUAAAUAGAGGUAAUAAGAUCUUGAAAAAACCUCAAACAGAGGACAAUAAGGAUAGCUGCAUUGUAGUGGAAAAAACAGCA